AUGACGCAGCUGCAGAAGUCCAAGAAGACCGUGGCGGACAUCGCGCAGGCCACUUUCAAGCAUGUGCCGGUUCUGGACGCCAACGCCCCGGGCCUCACGUGUCUAGGCGACCAGGUCACCACGACGUUUGUGGCGGAGACAGCGCUACCCACAGAUGGCGGCAUGUUCCGCGUACGCGCGUACCGCUCUGUGGGCUCCUUACGUGAGAGCGAGCCUAUCGCCAUGAUUACCGGAGACGUGCGCGGCAAACGCAACGUACCAGUCCGCGUGCACGACCAGUGCUUCACGUCGGAAGUGUUCGGAUCCCUCAAGUGCGACUGCAGGGAACAGCUGGACUACGCCAAGGCGUACACUAAGCAGCACGGUGGCGUGGUUAUCUACAUGCCACAGGAAGGGCGUGGGAUCGGUCUGGCCAAUAAGAUCAUGGCCUACUCCAUGCAGGAACGCGGUCUAGAUACGGUAGACGCCAACCGCGUGUUGGGCUUCAAGGACGACUAUCGUUCGUACGAGCCUGUGCCGGCCAUCCUCAAGGACCUGGGCGUCCAGGCCGACUGCCUGUGGUGA